AUGCCGAAUAAUAACCUGGAGCUCACACCUGAUGAAAAAACGUUGUUGUAUAAACCAUCGUUCAGUUACAAUUGGUGGAGAAUAUCAGUUGCAGAUUUGACGAAUGAAAGUCUGACCGAAACACAACUUGGCGAUCGUGUCAUAAAAGGAAGCGAAACAAUGCCGACAGGCGGCACGACAAUGGACAAUGAGGGGAACAUAUAUCUGAUGGAUCUGGAGCGUUGCGCUGUGUGGCGACAAAAACCGGAUGGCUCUUUGAGUUUGAUUGUACGCGACGAGCGCAUCAUUUGGGGGUGA